ACAAGCCCUGUCGCCCUGCAAUAAGCUAACUAAAAAGUUUGUAGCUUAUACGCAGCAAUUUUCGACAUUUCAAUGUUCUUCUUCACUGUUAACAUUUUGGUAACCCCAGGCAAAGCUUCUGUAUUGGCACGUGAUAUACCUGCGGGUGUCUCAGAAGGUGCGGAGUACAUACACGAUCAAACCACGACUCAUUUUACCCUUGAACCCAAAAAUUGCUUUAUACUACCACCAAAAGAAUCACAAUAUAUUGACUUUAAUUUUCACGCACCAAUUGUCUAGGCGUUUUAAGUUCCAUAGUACGAGAUAAGUGAAGCCUACUAGGUUGCCGCUCGUACAUAUUUCUUCAACGAGCUUUCAUAAUGCGGCCAAGCAAAAACCAAUUGAGAAGGGCAAGGAAAAAGGCCUUGAAAUCGCAGGUCCGUUUAUCCUAGCGUAAUCAUCAAGAGUAGACUGACUUUUUCUAGGCUACCGAAGCGACACUCGAU